AAGUUUGACAGAUCCUUGGCAAUGACAGAGCCUUUCUCAAUCAUCGUCAUAAUAUUAAUUUGCUUUAAAUUACUUAAAUAAUUUUAGUAGCAAGAGAAAAAUGACUGAACAAAUGGAAUCGGUGGAAAUGGACUGCACAGAGACAAUAAAUCCUGCCGAGGAACCACCGGUAACCCCUGGUAAUCAGGAAGCGGAUGAGGACAUCUUCAGGGUGCCUUUGCCCCCGAAGCCCGAUUGCCCGGGCUACGCCGUAAAGAGCACCCUGUCCGGACACAAGUCAUGCAUCACGUCUGUAAAGUUUCGUCCGGAUGGCCAGCAGCUGGUCAGCAGCUCGUCUGACACGCUCCUGAUGCUGUGGGACGUUAACACAGCCAAGUUUCAGCAAUCGAUGUCUGGGCAUAAGGUGGGAAUUAAUGAUUUGACCUGGUCGCAGGGACACCUCUUGGCCAGCUGUAGCGACGACAAGACCGUGCGUCUGUGGGAUCCUCGCCUCGGGACAUGUCAAAAGACCCUGCGAGGGCACAGCCUUCAGGUCUUCGCGUGCCGCUUCAAUCCGUCCGGAAACUUGCUGGCCUCCUGCAGCUUCGAUGAGACUGUCCGCCUGUGGGAUGUGCGAACGAACCGGGCCCUGAAGGUGGUGCCAGCCCAUCAUGAUCCCAUUACCUCGUUGGACUUCAAUCGCGAUGGCACUCUCUUCGCCACUGGGAGCUUCGACGGCCUGAUCCGCGUGUGGGACACGGCCACCUGUCAGCUGCUAAAGACCCUCAUUGACGGCGACAAUGCGCCGGUGGGCCAUGUGAAGUUCUCGCCCAACGGCCGGUAUGUCCUGGCCUCCACCCUGAACUGCACCCUCAAGCUGUGGAACUUCUUCAAGGCCAAGUGCCUGCGCUCGUACCGCGGACAUGUGAACGAGGCCUACUGCAUCAACUCAAACUUCUCGAUCACUGGCGGCAUCUGGAUUGUGUCGGGCAGCGAGGACAAGUCGCUGUGCAUCUGGAAGCUGCAGAACAAGGAGCUGGUCCAGAAGGCGGACACCGAGGGUGACCAAGUGAUCUGCACUGACUGCCAUCCCAAGGAGAAUGUGAUAGCCACGGGGGCCCUGCAGAACGGCUUUACUGUGAAGCUCUGGAAGAGCAGCGAAGAGGAGUCUCCAGCGGUUCAGUCAUAAGAAGUUUUCUUAGGAAUUAAGAUUGAUAUUAAGUUGGGAUAGGAUUGCCUUUGUUGUGGCUACGUCUGGGUUGCGGGGCAAUCGACCAAGUUAUCUCUG